CGCACUGAAAGGUCUGAGUGAGUUUCAGGCAGGGACACAGAAGCAUGACCAGUCUAAGGCUCACGCUCACGCUCACCUGUCUCCUGCUGGCCCAGACAGAAUGCCUAGGAGCUAACUGCCCCAAUGACCAGUACCUAAAUGGAAGACUGUGCUGUGACUUAUGCCCGCCAGGAAACUCUAUCGAGAGACACUGCAGUGAGAGCCAUGCAACUGUAUGUGUCCCAUGUUCACCGGGCAGAUACUCUGAAGUGGCUGACAACUUGGACAAGUGUAGAGAGUGUAGAAAAUGCGAACAGGGUAAGUGUUCUAUUGACACCAAAAUUCAGCAAGCAGGGUGUCACCAUUAUAAUAACAGUAAUUCUGCAUCUCCCUGUUGUCCUGGUCCUAAAUGCAGUUACUUUGAGUGAAUGCUCCAACACACAAAAUUCAAAUUGUUCGUGUCAUAAAGGAUUCCUGUGUAUCUCGCCUGAGUGUGAUGUCUGUCAGAAGGAAGUGAUAUGUCCCAGGGGUCACCAACUGACCAAGACUGGCAAUUAUCAAUAUGCUUAUUAUUGUAAGCCAUGCCCUGAUGGCAUGUACUCUGACACAGAGGGAGGGGUGUGUAAGCCUUUACAACGGUGUGACCAGGAGACAAUAUUUCCUGGAAACAAGACGCACAACUCGAAAUGCAAGACACAAAGUCCUGACCCUACCAAAGAACCACACAAGGCUUCAGUUAACAUGGAGCUGACUCUCCUGGUCAUCCUCCUGCUGUGUGUGUUCACCUGCCUUGCAGUUCUGGUGAACGCCUGCAAGUCAAAGGCCGCAUGCAUGAAGUGGAAACAGACAAAGAAACCCAUGAAAGCCAGUCCCUCAACCACCGUGUUCCAGUUAUCAAAGGAGGAGAGGGGAGAUCGCCCCAUCCAAGAGAUUGACAAACAUCCCAGCUUGACCAGCCUGAUGACUGAGUGAUAGCUCCAGACCUGUUCUUGGAAUCUUCCAGAAGAAAAUAUGUGGAUUGCUGCAUUUCCUUCUCAUUCCUUUUACCAGUUGCGUAUUAUGACUGAAGGAAUCUCUGUAGUAACUAGUACUUUUCAGUUUUCUUUUAGUUUUGCAGGUUCUCUAAUACGCAUACUGUUCCUGAAUAUGCACUCAUGUUAGCAAUUAGCUGUCUUGUCACGCUGGUAUUGCCACUAUAGAGUAGGAGAAACCACAGGUGAAUUAAUGGGUGAUCAAAAUGUUUGUAUUAUGUCCUCACAGCAAUCAAGUGUGGACAUAAUGUAUGCUCUAUUAAAACUCUUGUGUUUUUUUGGUACCAACAUUAAUUUGUUUGUAGAUGUCUAUAAAACAGAUGAUCUCAAUGUGUGACCUUUUAAAAAGGCAAUAUAGUCAUUUUGUGUUCACAACCUGCUUAUCGAAUGAAUACAAUGUACUAAAUAUUGAAA